UACUGUAAUUCCUCCUCUCAAGGCUGACAGGUCACGGCUGAGAUUUUACACCUGAUCUGGAGAUUAUCGGGAUUCGCCAAGUUAUGCGUAAAAAGGCGCAUCGUCGUGACGCCGCGUCACCGAAGUGCGCGUGAAUAUUUCUCCCAAAACUCCGACUGGUAUUAGAAUUCAUCUACAGCGUUUUCUUCCAUGAGGAUUAUAAAGAUGAGGACUUUGUUGCUGUUUGUCUGGUGCCUUUUUCAUUUAUCGGGUGCUGUGAUUGACUUGACCAUGAUCUCCACGGCAGAGGUCACAAACGCCAAACCCUUCUCCCUCUCCUGCAUCAGUGGAGAGCGCAACGCCGCCCAGGUCAAGCUGGACAUCAAGAAAGACAACAAAAUUCUACUUUUUCACAAUAAGCCAAAUUUUCAAGUGCAGAGACCCACGGACAAUGAGGUUGUGGCCAGAGACUUUGGUGACCUGGAUCGUAUCGGUAUCUUCUACUGUGAGUCCACUCGAGAAGCUGCCCCACUGGAGACAGUCACAAUGAUCAACAACGUUGCCAGGGGAGAUUUCAUUCCAGAAUACCUCACAAUAACUGCUAAUAAAGGAGAAACAGUCAACCUCAGCAUGCAGCUUCUCAGUUCCCAAAAGAGGGACGUAACCUGGAAGAACAACGGAAACUACUAUUACACAACUCACUGGCAUGAUUUUGUCAACCGCACAGCUGUGCUGACGGUGGAUAAUGCAACUUUUACUAACCAAGGCAUCUACAGUGCCAGCUACGUUGGGGCCAGCCCCCUCCAUGGAGCCUGGAUGAGGCUUAUUGUCAGACACUGUCCGAGUAAGAAGUGGGGUCCUUACUGUGAACGGGACUGCCAGGAGUGUGUUAAUGGUGGAGUGUGUCACGAUGCUGAUGGAGAUUGUAUCUGUCCUCCUGGAUUCAUGGGAACACGCUGCGAGACAGCCUGCAGAGAAGGAAUGUUUGGUCGAAACUGCCAGGAGCCAUGUGAUUCCAAGCUGACCUGCAAGGGGCUUCGUUUCUGCCUGCCGGACCCUUACGGCUGCUCCUGCGCCAGUGGCUGGUCUGGGAGUCGCUGCAACACCGCCUGCCGUAAUGACAUGUAUGGACCAGACUGCAGGCUGAGCUGUAAAUGUCAGAAUGGAGGCGUUUGCCAUCGUUUCAGCGGAUGUCAGUGCCCCACAGGGUGGAGAGGGCAACACUGUGAGAAGUCCGACCGAGCUCCCCAGAUACUGGACUUGGAUGGUAACUUGGAGUGGAAUCUAAACUCUAAUCCUAAAAUAUAUUGUUCGGCCACUGGAAACCCUCUGCCUAGUCACCUCAACAUAGAGCUGCGGAAGCUGGACAGCACUGUUCUCAAGGCCUCUCGCACGGUCAUGGACUCAAAUAAGAGCACAGCCAUGUUUGAGAUCACUCGCCUGAACGCCCAACAAGGAGGAUUGUGGGAAUGCAGGGUGUCCACCAAUCUGGGCCAGGAUUCCCGCAAGUUCAACCUCACCAUUAAAGAGCCGCCGGUGCCCACAUCUGCUCCCAGACUGCUGGAACAGGGGAGUAAGCAGCUGCUGGUGAUGCCAGUGGACUCCCACAGAGGGGACGGCCCCGUUGUCUCCACCAAACUCCUCUACAAGCCUGUGGAAAAUGGACAUUCAUGGUCCUCAAUCAUUGUCUACAGUGACAAAGAACCCAUUACACUGAUGAACCUGGAGCCCUCGACUCGCUACCUUGUGCGUGUCCAGCUGAGUCGUCCCGGAGACGGAGGCGAGGGGGCCCCGGGGCCCGAGGCCAUCAUGGAGACGGCUUGUCCCGAGCCCACAAUUGAACCUGAGAUUGACAGCAGCUCGGUGGAGGGCCGCAAUGUUACUGUGCGCUGGCGACUGCCCCCCAACAAUGUGGUUAAUGCCCACACGGCCAGUGGCUUUUUAGUGAAGCUCUCCGGGCCGCCGCCCUACAGUGAGAAACUGAUGGAGGAGACGACCGUUCUAAAUGUGCUCUCCACCAAGUUCCACAACCUGGAGUACCAGCAAGACUAUACGGUGGUGGUGCGCCUCAUCAACUGUGACAGCCAGGGGCCACUCUCCAAACCGUACCGCUUCCGCAUCCAUAGCCAGGGCCCUUCGUCACCUCGCAACAUCCAGGCCCUGCCCCUGUCCGUGUCCGCCAUCCAAGUGAGGUGGCAGCCCCCCGAGGACCCAAACGGAGGCAUCAUCAAGUACAUAAUAGAGUAUCAGCCGGUGGGCCAGGGGAACCCUCACGCCUGGCUGGACACGGACGACGGAAACAAGACCACCAAAGAUGUGACCGCCCUCAACGGCAGCACGCUUUACCAGUUCAGAGUGAGAGCCUUUUCCAAAGUGCCAGGAGAGUGGAGCAAGUUUGUGCAGGCAAUGACACAAGGGGACGGCCUUCAGAACUUAACUCCAACCACUCAAGGCGUGGCGGGGAGGCCCGCCGGAGACAGCUACCAGCUGCUGGUGGCCGUGGUGGGCUCGGUCACUGUCACCUGUGUGACUAUCCUGCUGGCUCUUUUGGGCCUGUUCUUCAUCCGGAAGACGCUGCUCAACCGCCGGCGCACAUUUACCUACCAGUCUGGAUCGGGUGAGGAAACUAUUCUGCAGUUUAAUUCAGGAACUCUAACCUUGACACGGAGGCCGAAGCCCACGCCGGAGCCUCUCACCUAUCCAAUCCUUGAAUGGGAAGACAUAAAGUUCGAAGAUGUUAUUGGAGAAGGCAACUUUGGCCAGGUCAUCAAAGCAAUGAUCAAGAAAGACGGCAACAAAAUGAGCGCAGCCAUCAAGAUGCUGAAAGAGUUUGCCUCGGAAAAUGACCACAGAGACUUCGCAGGAGAGCUGGAAGUGCUGUGUAAACUAGGCCAGCAUCCCAACAUCAUCAACCUGAUAGGAGCCUGCGAGAACAGAGGUUACCUGUACAUAGCUAUUGAAUACGCUCCAUACGGCAACCUCCUGGACUUUUUAAGGAAGAGCCGAGUGCUGGAGACCGACCCAGCCUUUGCGAAGGAGCACGGCACGGCGUCCACCCUCACCUCGCAGCAGCUGCUGCAGUUCGCUGUGGAUGUUGCUACUGGGAUGCAUUACCUCAGUGACAAGCAGUUCAUCCACAGAGAUUUGGCAGCGAGAAAUGUUCUUGUAGGAGACAACCUUGUUGCAAAAAUAGCAGACUUCGGUCUGUCGCGUGGAGAGGAAGUUUAUGUGAAGAAGACAAUGGGGAGGCUGCCGGUACGCUGGAUGGCCAUCGAGUCUCUGAACUACAGUGUGUACACAACCAAGAGUGAUGUUUGGUCUUUUGGUGUUCUGCUCUGGGAAAUUGUAAGUUUAGGUGGCACACCUUACUGUGGGAUGACGUGCGCUGAGCUCUAUGAAAAACUGCCCCAAGGUUUCAGGAUGGAGAAACCCAAAAACUGCGACGAUGAGGUUUACGAGCUAAUGAAGCAGUGCUGGAGGGACCGGCCUUAUGAGAGACCUCCGUUCUCUCAAAUCUCUGUCCAGCUCAACAGGAUGCAGGAAGCCCGGAAGGCCUAUGUGAACAUGGCUCUAUUCGAGAACUUCACCUACGCUGGGAUUGAUGCUACAGCUGAGGAGGCCUGACUACCAGCCCCCCCAGGCCCUAGCGUGCCACGUAGCUCCAAGAGGAAGUCCCGAGGGAGGUCGCCACGUUACUGCCACCUCCCCGCCCCUCACCGCCAAGACAGGAGGACGCUGCGCUCCACCGCGACCACCCAGCUAUAGAUGGAGGACUGUGAAAGGACACUGUGUGGAGGUAUCACCAGUAGAAGGUGAAGUGGAGAAUGGCUGGGCCGUGGAUGGACAGAUGUGGCUUUUACUAGACGUCUUUGGGAAAUACAUUUUCUGUCACAAACAUUCAAACCGGUCCCCCAACAGACGCAACAUUGUACCUCUUGCUUUUUUUUAUCAAGACUACAGUGCUGAAUGUCAUUUUUGGGGGCCGUUGUGGGAAAGUGACAAAAUUUGGAGCUAUGUGACUUGCUGAAACACCACAGGGUCUGUGGGGUGUCGACGCUGGAAAUCUCUCUCCAUGAGAGCAAUGGAGAAGAAGGACUUUUUUGAAUAUAGAGGACGCAGUGUGGAGCACAAACACUGAAAUUCUCAAUUUGAGAGGAAAUUAGCAUUGAAAGAGUUCAGUGCAGCUCUUAAAAACAGCCUCGUUCUGUGUUUAUUAAUCGUAGCCUAUCACUGCCAUGUGAAUUUAACUACUGCUGUAUGUACUAAGCUUCAUUGUUAAGACCGGACGUAUUAAACCCUCCUCCUCCAAUGUAAUUAGUCACACAUGGAUUUAAACACUGCAUUGAUGUUCAUGAGUCGCAUGCAAAGUUUGAAAUAUGCAGCUACUACCAGGCAGCCAGUCUACAAGCUAUCACCUUUGUAGUUUACCUUUAAUACUAUGCAACUUCAUACUAACAGUAUUAUAUCCACCAUGUGAGAAUGUACAGUGUGCGUUUACUAAUGGUUUUAUGAAUAAAGGUUUUGCCUCAUGACAUGUAAGUAUACGCUUCAAUUUGGAGUUAUAUUCAAGUAUUUCAAACUAUGAUU